GGUGGGGCUAACAAUAUUUAUAAAAGGAACGUUUCUUCUGUCCAGGUAAAACUCACGCGUGUUGCCUGGAAAAAGAAGGAACUACGUUGCAAGCUAGUAGCUGUCCCUGUGGAUUCACACUUGGGAGGAAAAGAAUGAGGCUCCAACUGUUUGCCCUAGUUCUGAUGGCGGUCUGCUUCUACCUGAGCACUGCGCAAGCAAGCUGGUUUGAAGAUUGCUGCUUGAAACAUGUUGAAGUAAAGCAUCACCGCAAAAUCCAGAAGAACGUCAUCAGUUACCGAGAGCAGACCACAGGUGGAAGCUGCAACUUACAUGCAAUAGUCCUGGAGUUGAAGCGUGCCACCAUUUGUGUGAAUCCAAACGAGAGCUGGGUGAAAAAUACCAUCACCAUGAUAAAAAAUAAAAAACACAGAAGAAGAUGCAGGGAUCUUCCUAAAUCCUGCAAAUAUCUGAAACAUUAACCAAGCUCUGAGUAGCAGGGAGGAAGGAAGCUAAUCUAUGACCCUCCCCAAACCCUGAAGCAGCUUCUUUUCUGCAAUCUGACUUUGAGUCGAGGCUGAAGUGAUUGUAUUUGGCUGUACUGAAAGCAGCCGCACCGGUGAACUAUAAUUCAUAAAAAUCUAAUGUCCCGACUGGAGUGAACAACAUGGAAAAGAUGCUAUUAGGCUACAACACCAUAUCACUAGCAACACCAUAUUCAAUGAACCAUCAUACACUCUAAUCAUAAUUAUUAAAUUGCGACACUAUUCAUUAUGUUUAACUGCAGACAGCUCUGUUGUUAUCUGUUGGUGUAUGCUAUUAUUUUCUGUAAUGCUCUUUUUUUGUUAGCUGGUUGAUCUGUACAAUUUACUCAAGGAAAAUCAAUAUUAUUGACAAGACAGGCAGGUUGCAAUCAAAAAUCCAGAUAUUACUGGGAUCCAAAAGGAUAGAUAAAGCUUUGCAUUUUGACCAAGGGAUUGGAAAUAGGCCAUUCAGCUGCUAUAGCCAUCCACUUAAGAUGGUGGCUGACUUGAUCCAGCAAACAAAUUUCAUGGUGACGUGGGGCUCUUCUUACUGGAAAUGUAAAAAUCAUUUGCUAAAUGGGGGCAGUGUUACUGAGACAUUGUUGAGGCCUUUUUGAAAGUCUGGAUUUAUCACACCAUUUUGCUCCCAAUUGUUGAUUGCCACAAUUUGAAUUUAUUUAGAAGUGAUAACCUGCAGCGUUAGCACCCCAGUGCUGUUUAGAAACACCGCUCUUGGAACGGUGUAUGGAAGCUCCUUGCAGUAGAUGAGGAGUUCUCUGGCUGGUCCCCAGUGACAUGUUUCAGGUUUUCUCAGUGACCAAGGGGGUAGGCUCACAGGCUGUUGCACAUGGUUUCUAGUAGUCUUGUUGGAGGACAUCCAGUGGACAAGGAAUGGCCUGCACUUACAGUGGGGAAACACAACAGCUUGCCCUCCCAUCCCUCCCUAUUGCAGCAACUGGUGUUACUCUGCCUGGCCUCAUGAGAACCUUCCAUUUCUCGUCCAGACAAAGAUGACUAUGACCCUUUCUCCUGGUGCUUCCUUUAAGGUGGAUUUCCAUCUGAAGACCUCAAAGAAUUUCUAAACAAGCACUGUGUCGUUUCGACAAUGAGUGCUUGAAAGUCUCCGUAUCUAUUUUAAACUAUCUUCACAGCUCCAGCAGAAAUGAGUGUGAAAUGUCAAUGUAUCAAUCAACUCCUUAGUGAGCCUCUGAGUGGUCUAGUGCAUCAACUUGUGUUUUUUUAACCAUGAAGACUUCUCAUCUUUAGCAGGCUCAAUUGGUAUUUUUGGUCAAGAUCAUAACAUGACCACCUCGUAAGACCGUUAAUGCCUGCUGCUGAGAAUUGCCCUCAGUGUUUCAGAUUUUUAAUUGGCUGUAUUUUACAUAAUGGGGAAAGCUUCUUCCUCAAUGUUUAACAGGACUUGGAAGCAUCUUCUCACUUGCAACAGCGGCAACAAUUGCAACCUCAGCUUUUCCACUCACAUUCCAGAAGUCAAUUCAGAGUUUGUUGCUGCAGAGUAAGCCAAAGCCUCUACCUGCAGGUAGCAAGCAAGCUAAAAUUUUGGUCACUUAGUUUGGUCUCUGUAUUAAAAUUGAUUCUGAUUAUUUAACAGCUUUAUGUAGAGUAUGGCUUCUGAAAUAACUUUGAUUAUGUACAUGGUUGAGAUUGUAUCUGUGCUUCAAUAAAUAUUGAACUUCUUUUUAA